CGUACGUACAGCUCGAUCCGGCCGGGCCGGGACGGCGAAAUGGGGCGUACCAACAGGUCGGCCCUCGCGCUGGCGUGCCUGCUGGCCCUGCUGCUAGUGCAGCUACCUCGAGGAGCCCGUGCAGUAGAUGGGGAUCUGUGCGGCAAGGUGAAGUGCGGCAUGGGGAGCUGCGGCGAGUCUGGCGACUACAUGUUCGGGUUCGCGUGCCGCUGCAACCCGGGGUGGAGCCGGUACCAUCUCGGCGACGUGGACUUCCCCUUCCUCCCCUGCGCCAUACCAAACUGCACCAUCAACUACUCGUGCCAGGACGGCUCGUCUCCUCCGGCUCCGUCACCGCCGCCGCCAGCAGCGCCACCGCUGACAAACCUCUCAGUCUACGACCCUUGCUUGAUGCAGUACUGCGGGGGCGGCACCUGCGAGAAGGUGGAGUCCUCGGCGUUCGCGCACAGGUGCGCCUGCCCCGACGGCUUCAGGAACCUCCUCGACGACGACGCCUACCCCUGCUACCGCCAGUGUUCUCUGCGAUCAGGCUGCUCAGACCUCGGGAUCGGCAUAAUCAACGGGUCCGACCCGAGCUCGUCGCCGCCAGCACCCGUCUCCUUCACCGUCCAGAAGAGCGGCGCUGCAGGCGGUUCAGCACCACCGGCGCACGGGCUGCUGGGGCUCCUCAUACUGAUUACCUUCUUCUGGGUCCAGAGUCCAGACAGUUUUGUGAAUUAGUGAUAGUAAACCAAGUGUGUGGCGUUUGAUUGGGAGCCAUAUUGUCCCAGUUUUCAUAUACGAUGAGUAUACAUUUUGUGUUGGUGUUUGCAGAAAUAAAAUCCAACAGAACAGAUGAAGUGUUGAUGAAGUGUUGCAAUUUUGUGUUGGUGUUUGCAGAAAUAAAAUCCAACAUAACAGAUGAA